ACCGGAAUCUGCAGUCUAUCGACCACAGACAAUCACUACCCCAUUUUAAUUUCUUACCCCCGAGAAAACUUCUCCUUCCUCCUUUUCAUCUUCGCUUCUUCCUCUCACUCCCUCGUCUUCCUCCUCAUCCGCCGCCGCCAUCUCCGGCAACGGAACCCUUCUCCUUUUCGUUUCCCCCACCUCCCUCUCCUUUCUCUAUCAAAUCGGAAAUAAUAGUUACAAUUGGUAGAGGAGGAAUUUAAGUGCCGGAAAUCUGAAGGGCGUCGGCGUCGAAGACCAAAAAAAGGCCUUCGGUUGAAUCGGUGACCGGAGUGCCCUUUUUUUGGCGGGGUCGGUUGAGGAAGGAGACAAACAACGAAAACCCUAAUUAAUUAAAAAAGAUAAUUUCCCCAAUUUGAUUCCGAUUUCCAUUUCUAUUCAAUCAUGCAGUUGUUGAGGUUUGUUGAGAGUCUCCUUCCUGGACUUGGUGCUUUGCAAGCUAAGAUCUCCGACGUGGCGCCUGUAAAUGCAGUUUUGUAGAUUGCUUCCCCCUUGGAUCUGCCAUCUCUUUGCAUGCAUGGGAGCAGAGGUUGUCUUGGUUGCUGUGCUAAACCCACUACCGUUGUUUCUGUCAAUGAGCAUUCAAAGGGAUUAAGACCUCUUGACCGGACAUCUAAGAAACAUAGCAUAACCGACGAUUUCUGGAGCACUAGUGCAGCAGAAAUAGACAACAGUGCUCUACAAUCACAGAGAAGCAUGUCAUCCAUCAGCACACUAAACCAGCCCCUUGAUCCCUGCAGUAAUGCUGGCAGCUCAAGCAACCCUCCUGAAUUUGUAAAUCAUGGCGUCUUCUUCUAUGGAACCAGACAAGGCAGCAAUGGCUUGCAAAUAAGUUAACUCAGAGCAAAACACAAUCACAAGUUCGUGAACCCACGAUAAGCUGGAAUUCUUCUUAUGAGAGCUUGCUUGGGAGUAAUAAGCCAUUCACCCGUCCUGUUCCUCUGGCUGAAAUGGUGGAUUUUCUAGUGGACGUUUGGGAACAAGAAGGGUUGUACGAUUGAAUCAAUUGGGAAGGAGCCUUAUUUAGAAGUUCUUUCUCUCUUUGGUGGUAAAAUCCAGGGUUGUAGCAAAUUGUGAUUAACCCAUAAUUUAUGUGUUUCCUCAUCCGGGGAGGAAGAAAAGAAACACAUCUUCCCUCAGAACCACUUUGUGAGUUGUCUUUGAUUUAGAUUGUCGACCGGUGCCUCCGCGGGCUCGGUGAUUUACUGUGAUUCUAUUGUUAUCAUCAGCCUCUAUCAAAUCAGUACUUGUGCAGAUUCAGUUCAUUAACUGAUUGAUUUCUGAGGCGUUCUGUUGCUGUUGAAAGCCUACCUUUUUUUCCUACUACAGUUCAAGAGUGGGAUAUGGGUCAAAGAAAAUCACCCCUGGCCUUAAACGCCAAAGGGUAAUCGUGAUGGAAUGAUUAAUGAAAUUCUGAGAUGAAGAAUCCAUGGAUUUUGUAUAAUCGUGGAAUUCAAAUUCUCAUUCUCCAAGAAACCUCUGCAUCUUUUCUCGCACAGUCUGCUCUCACCUAAUAACAAGUAAUGCCUUUGCUUGGUCUUCACUCUUCAGGGUUAGCCGCCUUCUCAAGGAUUGAUUUGAUCGCUUAAACCAGACACCCAAAAUACAGAAAUGGAGACUUGUGUGUCGAUGCAGGACAAGAAAUAGGAUUUGGAUGGUAUUGGUAGGGUUUCCAGGGAAGAAGUUUGUCUUCUCCUUCCCCCCUAACCAAUAAACAGAAGCAUUUAUGUGGUGGGUGGUGGACUCGUCUCUACUUUAAGCCGAAUGUGUUUCAGUCUCCACCCCAUCCCAUCCAGUCCCACAAUGAAAAAGCAAAGCGACAAACCAUGGUAUGUGGUUCUGGUCCUGCUCCGUGUAUCAGGAAAAUUGAGCUAGUAUCAAGAAUUAGUCCAUUACAAGUGAUUGUUUAUACGGUACAAGGGUAUUAUGGGCUGGUUGUAUUAGUUAAACUACAUAGCAUCACCAUCUACUUAGGUUUGUUCAUUUCACCAGUUGCAUUGUGUAGGUCCCUAAUAAGUGAUCCGGUGAGUAGAUGAGCACCUCUUAUGAAGUGGUAAAUCCCUAUGGUCGUAACAGAGUCAUUGAAAUUCAUUGUGAUACAUCAUGUCCAAUGCAGU